GCAGGAGCAACAAUGGAUUGGCCCCAACAAAUAAGUAGCAGGUGUUGGGAGAAGACAUCCCAUGUGAAAUGGAGGUGAUCGAGGGAGCUGAACGCUGACUACACCAACAUGGGGUUGCGACUGUUGGCUUGUCUUUUUCAUUUGCCCACUGCCGUGAUCUACGGGUCCCUGUCACUGUUUGUUUCCAUUUUGCACAACGUAUUCCUCCUGUACUACGUGGACACCUUUGUCUCUGUUUACAAGAUUGAUAAACUGUCCUUUUGGAUAGGAGAGACAGUGUUUCUUAUCUGGAACAGCCUCAAUGACCCUCUGUUUGGCUGGCUGAGUGACCGGGUGUUCCUUAGCGCACAGCAGCCAGGAGCAGAGAUUUCCUCCCCAGAAGUAGUUCUGAAGAGGCUCAGAGCGCUAAGCCACAAUGGCCCCCUCUUUGCCAUCUCUUUCCUGGCUUUCUGGGUUGCCUGGGCUCAUCCUGGUUUGCAGUUCCUUCUUUGCCUUUGCAUGUAUGACAGCUUUCUCACCAUGGUCGACCUCCAUCACAAUGCCUUGCUCGCAGACCUGGCUGUUUCAGCAAAAGACAGGACUAGCCUCAACUUCUACUGCUCCCUCUUCAGUGCCAUAGGCUCCCUCUCUGUCUUCAUGUCCUACGCAGUGUGGAACAAAGAGAACUUCUUUUCCUUUCGCAUAUUUUCCGUCGUGCUGGCUCUCUGCUCCAUCGUUGGUUUUACCCUGUCCACACAGCUGCUCCGCCAGCGGUUUGAGGCUGAUGGGAAAGCGAAAUGGGACCAAGAAUCAACCCUAAAAGAGCUGUACAUUGAGAAACUCUUCGUCCCCCAGGAGAAGAGGAUCACCCUGGCAGAGUAUCUCCAGCAGCUCUCCCGGCAUCGCAACUUCCUCUGGUUUGUCUGCAUGAACCUCGUUCAGGUUUUUCACUGCCACUUUAACAGCAACUUCUUCCCUCUGUUCCUGGAGCACCUGCUGUCAGACCAGAUCUCUGUCUCCACUGGAUCCUUCCUGCUCGGUGUUUCCUACAUUGCCCCCCAUCUCAACAACCUCUACUUCCUGUCCCUCUGCCGCCGCUGUGGGGUUUACGCUGUGGUGCGAGGACUCUUCUUCCUGAAGCUGGCUCUCAGUGUUGUCAUGCUCCUGGCAGGGCCUGAUCAGGUGUACCUGCUCUGCAUCUUCAUUGCCAGCAACCGGGUGUUCACAGAAGGGACCUGUAAGUUGCUCAACCUGGUGGUCACUGACUUGGUGGAUGAGGAUCUAGUCCUGAACCGUAGGAAGCAGGCAGCCUCAGCGCUUCUCUUUGGGAUGGUGGCUCUGGUCACCAAGCCGGGCCAGACCUUCGCCCCUCUGAUCGGCACCUGGCUGCUCUGCGCGUACACAGGCUACGACAUCUUCCAGCGCAACCCCUUGAGCAACGUGGUGAGUGCCCAGCCGAAUCUGGAGUCUGCCGCAGCCUUGGAGCCAACUCUUCGCCAGGGCUGCUUUUACCUCCUCGUCUUCGUACCCAUCACGUGCGCGCUGCUGCAGCUCCUCAGUUGGUCUCAGUUCAGCUUGCACGGGAAGCGUCUGCAGGUGGUGAAGGCUCAGCGCCAAAGCCUGACGCAAGGCCGAGCACCAGAGGUCAAAACGAUCUAGGGGUGCCUGAGCCCCGAGGCUGUUGCUGGUUCCAGGCUGGUGCAGGACGGCAGGCUAAGCGCAGGGGUUGUGGGCUGAGAAACCCCGAUGUUUACAGUUCAGCUGUGAAAUGCUAUAAUGCCAAUGUUUACUCAUUCCAGGAGGUGGUCGCUGGGGAAGGCAGAGAAGUUCAGUGUGAGGGGCCUGGGAUAGAUCGCUUCGUGAUUUUAUCCUAGCCUGUCCCAGGGAGCAGAGGGCUGCUCAUCACAGCGUGGAGGUGCUGGGUUGCAGUGUGUGCUAGGGACAGACACGUCCCCGGUGCAAUCCUUUGCCCUGGGCUUGGCCCUGGGGAACCGCAGCCUCUCUGGCUGAGCAGGAGGAGACUGCACAGCGAGUCCUUCCUUGCUAGAGCCCUGCAGCUUUAGGGAGUGGAGUGGGAGGCUCCUGAGGGACCAAGUGACCAAGGGGGUGAUUUCAGGAUGGCAGGAGCAGGGAUGGGAGGACCCUGAAGGCCUUUCCCAGUAGCUGGUACAACCCCUCCCACAUACAGUGCUGUGGUUCUUGGACCAAAUCCGCUCUUAGGCAUUUCUUGUUCCCAGGACAAUAUCCUGCACAG